UAAAUUAAAUGAUAUAUAUAUAUAUAUAUUAACAUAAACACCAGUUAAAAUAAAUAUAUUUAUUCAUAUGAUUUUGUAAUAAUUGUAUCUUAUUAUAGAAAAAAAUUUAAACCUUGAUCACAAAAGUUUUUUUUUUUUUGGACAAACUUUGAUCACAAAAAUUUAUGUGAGACUUUUAACAAUUUAAGUAAUCUAUACUCGUUCUGAAAAAUUUAAAAUACAACAUAUACAAAAAAUCUAAAUUUUUAUUUUAUGAUUAAUGUAAUUAUGUAAUUUAUUUUAAUAAUAACUAAACAAAAAUGAUAGAAAAUAUCAGAUUGACAGCAAAUAUUUAUUAUUUAAAACCAUUAAUUGCCAUAUAUAUCUUAAUCACAAUAGGUAAUUUCGUAAGUUUUAUUUAAAGAAAGAACUCAAUUUGAUAAAUGAGUGGUCCAUAAUGAAUAUACUAUAUAAUAUAAAAUUCUCUAGCAUUUUAAUUUUGUACUAACAAAAUUCUCAAUUGAUUCUCAAGUCGCCAUGUAAUUAAAAUUAACAUUCUAGUUACAUGAUAACUCACCAUGACAUUUUUUUAAUUAAUACAAAGUACAUGUUAUAAAUUUUUAAAUGUUUAUCUAUUAAUAUAUAGAGGAUAUAAAGGGGUUAUAAAUUCUUCUUGACCAAAAAAACGGAUCGCUGUAGUGGUUAAACCCAGAAAAAACAGAAACUGUGGUGAACGCAGUUGUUACUAUGCAAAAGAAGUGAAAAGAGUAACUGAAAAAAUAGUCAAAGAAAUUGCAUUCAGAGCCGUUUUUUCAUGAUUUGAUUCUACAGUUUUUUUUCAUAUAUUAGAGGGAAAAACUAAAAAUAUUUUUCUAAUUUAAAAUAAUAUAGUUUCUAAAAAAAAUUGUCAUUUUAGGAUUUCAAAAUAAAACUAUAAUCUUGCGAGUUUAGACAUAAAACUUUAAUGAAAUACUAUGAAAUCAUAUAAAAUACAACUAUAAUCAUUAUAUAUGAUAUAUUUUAUAUUGUUAUAGAAAGACUGGAUAUAUAACUAACAUAAGAAAGUACAUAUAAGUUUCACAUAACUUAUUCGGUUUAUAUACGUUAAAACAGAAAAAAAAAACAAGCUGUUAAAAAUAGUCAUCAUUAACUUUCUAUAUAAAUUACCAAGAGAUUACCAACAAAUCAUCAUUUCACCAUCAACGAUCAAAAUCAGACUAAACUAUAUUAGAAUUUCAUAUUUGUUCUAAUAAUAUACAUUAUGACGACUCAAAAUUUUAAAAAAUCAUGCAUUAUUUUCAUGAUUGUAGCUAUAUGUACAGUGAUGUUUUCGGCACAAAAUUGUCUUUCAACCAAUGUUGAAAAAUGUGUCAAACACUGCAUCCCGAAUCAGUGCAUGAAAGUAGCCAAACAAGCAGAUAUGUCAAUUUGUGAAGAAGCUUGCAAAAAGCUUUGCAACAAACAUGUAACAAGUCAUGAACAAUACGCUGUUCCUACAACCGGUGGUGGUUUCAUGUGCACCCAUGUUUGGAAUUGUGUUUGAUAACUACUUUCAAAUUUAAAAGUUACCACUGUGCUCUUCCUUUUUAUAUGUUAAAUUGGUAUUUGUGUUUGUUUGAUCGGACGCGUAUUAUAUAUAUACAAUUAUUGUGCAACAAGUUUUUAUCGGUGUUAACAAACAUUUAAUAUUCAAUAUUACUGUAUAUUUCAACAAAUAUAUCACAACAAUUCCAAUAAACAAUGCAAUAUUAACUUAGUAAAAUUUCAUUUUAAUCAACAUCAACGCUAAUUAAAAAUAUGCUAGAGAUAAAUGGUGAUUGCAUUGUAAAUUUUACAUAAUUUAGUGAUAUAAAAAAUUAAGAAUCAAUCCACACAUAUAAAAAAGAGUACAAUCAAAUCUAUGCAGGCCAAAAAUUAACAUCUAGUGAAAAUAAACUUUGACCAAAAAACCGGAUCGCUGUAGUGGUCAAAACCAGAAAAAACCGAAACUGUGGUGAACGCAGCUGUUACUAUACAAAAGAAGUGAAAAGAGUAACUGAAAGAAUAGUCAAAGAAAUCGCAUUCAGAGCCAUUUUUUUCAUGAUUUGAUUCUACAGUUUUUUUUCAUAUAUUAGAGGAAAAAACUAAAAAUAUUUUUUAAAUUUAAAAUAAUAUAGUUUCUAAAAAAAUUGUCAUUUUAGGAUUUCAAAAUAAAACCAUAAUUUUGCGAGUUUGGACAUAAAAUUUAAUGAAAUACUAUGAAAUCAUAUAAAAUACAACUAUAAUCAUUAUAUAUGAUAUAUUUUUUAUUGUUAUAGAAAGACUGGAUAUAUAACUAACAUAAGAAAGUACAGAUAAGUUUCACAUAACUUAUUCGGUUUAUAUACGUUGAAACAGAAAAACAACAAAAAAAAAACAAGCUGUUAAAAAUAGUCAUCAUUAACUUUCUAUAUAAAUUACCAAGAGAUUACCAACAAAUCAUCAUUUCACCAUCAACGAUCAAAAUCAGAUUAAACUAUAUUAGAAUUUCAUAUUUGUUCUAAUAAUAUACAUUAUGACGACUCAAACUUUUAAAAAAUCAUGCAUUAUUUUCAUGAUUGUAGCUAUAUGUACAGUGAUGUUUUCGGCACAAAAUUGUCUUUCAACCAAUGUUGAAAAAUGUGUCAAACACUGCAUCCCGAAUCAGUGCAUGAAAGUAGCCAAACAAGCAGAUAUGUCAAUUUGUGAAGAAGCUUGCAAAAAGCUUUGCAACAAACAUGUAACAAGUCAUGAACAAUACACUGUUCCUACAACCGGUGGUGGUUUCAUGUGCACCCAUGUUUGGAAUUGUGUUUGAUAACUACUUUCAAAUUUAAAAGUUACCACUGUGCUCUUCCUUUUUACAUGUUAAAUUGGUAUUUGUGUUUGUUUGAUCGGACGCGUAUUAUAUAUAUACAAUUAUUGUGCAACAAGUUUUUAUCGGUGUUAACAAACAUUUAAUAUUCAAUAUUACUGUAUAUUUCAACAAAUAUAUCAUAACAAUUCCAAUAAACAAUGCAAUAUUAACCUAGUAAAAUUUCAUUUUAAUCAACAUCAACGCUAAUUAAAAAUAUGCUAAAGAUAAAUGGUGAUUGCAUUGUAAAUUUUACAUAAUUUAGUGAUAUAAAAAAUUAAGAAUCAAUCCACACAUAUAAAAAGGAGUACAAUCAAAUCUAUGCAGGCCAAAAAUUAACAUCUAGUGAAAAUAAACUUUGACCAAAAAACCGGAUCGCUGUAGUGAUCAAAACCAGAAAAAAACCGAAACCGUGGUGAACGCAACUGUUACUAUACAAAAGAAGUGAAAAGAGUAACUGAAAAAAUAGUCAAAGAAAUCGCAUUCAGAGCCAUUUUUUUCAUGAUUUGAUUCUACAGUUUUUUUUCAUAUAUUAGAGGAAUAAACUAAAAAUAUUUUUUAAAUUUAAAAUAAUAUAGUUUCUAAAAAAAUUGUCAUUUUAGGAUUUCAAAAUAAACCAUAAUUUUGCGAGUUUGGACAUAAAACAUUAAUGAAAUGCUAUGAAAUCAUAUAAAAUACAACUAUAAUCAUUAUAUAUGAUAUAUUUUAUAUUGUUAUAAAAAAGACUCGAUAGAUAACUAACAUAGGAAAGUACAGAUAAGUUUCACAUAACUUAUUUGGUUUAUAUACGUUAAAACAGAAAAGAAAAAAAAAACAAGCUGUUAAAAAUAGUCAUUAUUAACUUUCUAUAUAAAUUACCAAGAGAUUACCAACAAAUCAUCAUUUCACCAUCAACGAUCAAAAUCAGACUAAACUAUAUUAGAAUUUCAUAUUUGUUCUAAUAAUAUACAUUAUGACGACUCAAACUUUUAAAAAAUCAUGCAUUAUUUUCAUGAUUGUAGCUAUAUGUACAGUGAUGUUUUCGGCACAAAAUUGUCUUUCAACCAAUGUUGAAAAAUGUGUCAAACACUGCAUCCCGAAUCAGUGCAUGAAAGUAGCCAAACAAGCAGAUAUGUCAAUUUGUGAAGAAGCUUGCAAAAAGCUUUGCAACAAACAUGUAACAAGUCAUGAACAAUACGCUGUUCCUACAACCGGUGGUGGUUUCAUGUGCACCCAUGUUUGGAAUUUUGUUUGAUAACUACUUUCAAAUUUAAAAGUUACCACUGUGCUCUUCCUUUUUACAAGUUAGAUUGGUAUUUGUGUUUGUUUGAUCGGACGCGUAUUAUAUAUAUACAAUUAUUGUGCAACAAGUUUUUAUCGGUGUUAACAAACAUUUAAUAUUCAAUAUUACUGUAUAUUUCAACAAAUAUAUCACAACAAUUCCAAUAAACAAUGCAAUAUUAACUUAGUAAAAUUUCAUUUUAAUCAACAUCAACGCUAAUUAAAAAUAUGCUAGAGAUAAAUGGUGAUUGCAUUGUAAAUUUUACAUAAUUUAGUGAUAUAAAAAAUUAAGAAUCAAUCCACACAUAUAAAAAAGAGUACAAUCAAAUCUAUGCAGGCCAAAAAUUAACAUCUAGUGAAAAUAAACUUUGACCAAAAAACCGGAUCGCUGUAGUGGUCAAAACCAGAAAAAACCGAAACCGUGGUGAACGCACCUGUUACUAUACAAAAGAAGUGAAAAGAGUAACUGAAAAAAUAGUCAAAGAAAUCGCAUUCAGAGCCAUUUUUUUCAUGAUUUGAUUCUACAGUUUUUUUUUCAUAUAUUAGAGGAAAAAACUAAAAAUAUUUUUAAAAUUUAAAAUAAUAUAGUUUCUAAAAAAAUUGUCAUUUUAGGAUUUCAAAAUAAAACCAUAAUUUUGCGAGUUUGGACAUAAAAUUUAAUGAAAUACUAUGAAAUCAUAUAAAAUACAACUAUAAUCAUUAUAUAUGAUAUAUUUUAUAUUGUUAUAGAAAGACUGGAUAUAUAACUAACAUAAGAAAGUACAGAUAAGUUUCACAUAACUUAUUCGGUUUAUAUACGUUGAAACAGAAAAAAAACAAAAAAAAACAAGCUGUUAAAAAUAGUCAUCAUUAACUUUCUAUAUAAAUUACCAAGAGAUUACCAACAAAUCAUCAUUUCACCAUCAACGAUCAAAAUCAGACUAAACUAUAUUAGAAUUUCAUAUUUGUUCUAAUAAUAUACAUUAUGACGACUCAAACUUUUAAAAAAUCAUGCAUUAUUUUCAUGAUUGUAGCUAUAUGUACAGUGAUGUUUUCGGCACAAAAUUGUCUUUCAACCAAUGUUGAAAAAUGUGUCAAACACUGCAUCCCGAAUCAGUGCAUGAAAGUAGCCAAACAAGCAGAUAUGUCAAUUUGUGAAGAAGCUUGCAAAAAGCUUUGCAACAAACAUGUAACAAGUCAUGAACAAUACACUGUUCCUACAACCGGUGGUGGUUUCAUGUGCACCCAUGUUUGGAAUUGUGUUUGAUAACUACUUUCAAAUUUAAAAGUUACCACUGUGCUCUUCCUUUUUACAAGUUAGAUUGGUAUUUGUGUUUGUUUGAUCGGACGCGUAUUAUAUAUAUACAAUUAUUGUGCAACAAGUUUUUAUCGGUGUUAACAAACAUUUAAUAUUCAAUAUUACUGUAUAUUUCAACAAAUAUAUCACAACAAUUCCAAUAAACAAUGCAAUAUUAACUUAGUAAAAUUUCAUUUUAAUCAACAUCAACGCUAAUUAAAAAUAUGCUAGAGAUAAAUGGUGAUUGCAUUGUAAAUUUUACAUAAUUUAGUGAUAUAAAAAAUUAAGAAUCAAUCCACACAUAUAAAAAAGAGUACAAUCAAAUCUAUG